AUGCUCAUUGCGUUGCUCGGCUAUCCUCCUUCUUCUCACAGUCAGAAAGCCCCUGUGUGGGAUUUAAAUCUUGUCAUACAUUUCCCAGCGAGGAGACUCGGAUUACUCGGAGUUCUCGUCGCCAUCGCCCAUGCGGUCGAAGUAGGCCUAAUCUUCCCUCGGAACGAAACGUAUUCGCCGGCUGACUGGUUCCCCAUUGUCGUUGCAGUCCAGAGCCCGCAGGACGCCGAACUUCUCAACCUACGCAUCUCCUACAGCCUCCGCCACGGCAAUGACGCCAACAACUCCACUACUCCUUUAACCCACGAUCUGCGCUGGGCCAAUCUUUCCAGCAGCGCAGACCCACUGGUGACUCCGCUGGGAAAGCUGCGACGAGGAGGCGCUAGCCAAGGACGACGGCCACCUGGGCGUCCUCCAGCACUACUACUCUUGGGCGUAGUUCUUCACUACCUCGGCACGUUCAAUGUGACCUACACGACCCUGCAUUCGCCUCCGGACGUCAACUCCGCUGGCCGCGACACUUGCGUCAUGACGGCCAACUCGACGGCAACACCGGACCCCUGUCGCAUCGCCAUCGACAAGGACACCGCGGCGAGUAUGGCGGCCGUCCAGCACCAGCGGCUCUGCGACGGUCUGAAUGCGCCGAUGAUUGUUCCAAGGAGGCGAAUGGCGCGCCGCAGCAGUUGGCGGUAA